AUGAAAUUUUCAAAAGCUAUUAUAUUAGCUUUCAUCACUACUUCAUUAGCUGCUCCAGCUAUAAAACAACAUCAAAAUCAGAAAAAACAAGAUGUUGAUUGUCAAGAUGCAGUUUUCCAUGGUCAUCAUAAACAUAAAAGAGCUAUAGUUUAUGAUUAUGCUUAUGUUACUGUUACUGUUGAUGCAAAUGGUAAUCCAGUUACAACUUUGGAACCAGUUACUUCAACUGAAUCAAUUGCUGAACCAGAAAAAACAAGUUCAACAAAUACUGAUAUUUCUUCAACUACUACAAUUAUUCAAAAUGAUUCAUUAACUUCAAAUCAACCAAGACCAAGUGUUGCUCAAUCAAAAGGUACUGUUCAACCUUCAUCUGUUCCAACUGGUGGAUCAUCCAACAACGGUAUUAAUGGAGAUUUGCAAGAUUUCCAAAAUCCAACUGAAGAAUUUCCAGAUGGAGUUUAUUCAUGUGAUCAUUUCCCAGUAGGACAAGGUGUUAUUGCAUUAGAUCAAUUAGGAUUUGGUGGAUGGUCAGGAAUUUAUAAUUCAGAUACAUCAACUGGAGGAUCAUGUAAAGAAGGUUCUUAUUGUUCUUAUGCUUGUCAAAGUGGUAUGUCAAAAACUCAAUGGCCAGAUCAACAACCAUCAAAUGGUGUAUCAGUUGGUGGAUUAUUAUGUAAAAAUGGUAAAUUAUACAAAACAAAUUCAAGAUCAAAUUAUUUAUGUGAAUGGGGUAUAAAUGCAGCAUCAGUUGUAAGUAAAAUUGAUAAAUCAGUUGCUAUAUGUAGAACUGAUUAUCCAGGUACUGAAAAUAUGGUUAUUCCAACAGUUGUAAAUGGUGGAGGAUCAAAUGUUUUAACUGUUGUUGAUCAACAUUCUUAUUAUACUUGGAGAGGUGGUUCAACUUCUGCUCAAUAUUAUGUAAAUAAUGCAGGUAUUUCAUAUGAAGAUGGUUGUUUAUGGGGCGAACCUGGUUCAGGAGUUGGUAAUUGGGCUCCUUUAAAUUUUGGUGCAGGUUAUGCAAAUGGUAUAAGUUAUUUAUCAUUAAUUCCAAAUCCAAAUAAUUAUAAUUCUUUAAAUUUUAAUGUUAAAAUUGUUGCUGCUGAUUCAAAAUCUAUUGUUAGUGGUUCUUGUGUAUAUGAAAAUGGUUCUUAUAAUGGUAAUGGAAAAGAUGGUUGUACUGUUGGUGUAACUGGUAAAGCUAAUUAUGUUUUAUAUUAA